CGCUUAACAGGAAGUCAAAAUUCACUUUUUUCGCAAAGGCGUUUCAAAUUCAGCGUGCUUGCAUGCCCGCAUACAAGCUUUGUAACUGAACUUUAAAUGUGAUUGACGUUAUAGAGGAGAGUCCUUUUAGAGUAGUGACAAAGAAGCAGCCUGAGAACGUCUUUUCCGAUUAGCCCAUUGCAUUACAAGGCAAAAAAAAAAGCUGCAGCUCACGAAAACUUGUGCCUUUUAAUGGGCUAGUCAGGAAAGGUGUCCCGAUCCCCCGACUCGAUGUGACGGAGGGAAGGGCAAGGAAACAUUUUAAGUACUCUGAUCUCGGUUGCAGUUGGAAAGCCGGUGUAUAGGGUGCAUGUUUGGAUGGAAAUCUCAGGUUGUGUCUCAUUUAAAACUUUUUCAGUACUUUACUAUCAGAUUUGGACUACCUGCGGGGUGAUCAUAAAUCAUUUUCAGGCCAGCACCGUUGUGUAACCAGAGAAUAAAGCCGCCUGGGCCGAUCCUCAUUGCCUGGGGGCUGAUCCCUUUUCUUCAAAACGUAAAAUCCUGCUGGGCUGGUUAUGGAUUUCACCGCCCCUUCCCGAAAUGCAAAGAAAAAUAUCCCAGUAGAAGAUGAGGUGAAAACCAGUAAAGACUGCCUUACUGACUUGUAUAUUCAACAUGUUAUACCAUUGCCUCAGCGUGAUUUGCCCAAAACCAGAUGGGGGAAACAAAUAGAAAAGCAAAGAGGUCAGCAAGUGUUGAAACAUAGCACCCAAAGCAUUAUGGCAACGGAAAGUCUAAGAAAAAGGCCUCUCAUUGUGUUUGAUGGUAGCUCAACAAGUACAAGUAUUAAAGUGAGGAAGACUGAGAAUGGAGCCGCUGAUGGUUUAAAAUUCCUUUCAUCUGAAAGUACUAAUAUCACUUGUAAAAGACUGCCUGUUCCUUCAAAUUCGACAUUGUGCAUAUCUGCUUCCACUUUCUCAUUGGAUGUUAAGAGGGAAUCUAGGAAUAAUGAGGGUAAAAAGAACAAUAUUGUAGUUAAUAUGUCACCUGGUCAAAAGCCGUCAGCUUUAGAGCCUCUUACAGGAACUACUGCUGUGAAAUAUAAGAGAGCUGCUCCAAAAGAAGAAUUGGAUUCAUCAAAGCCUCCUGAAGCAAAAAAGAAGAUCCAGCAUGUAACAUGGCCAUGAACCCAUGAGAGUUAGAAAUGCAAAUGAUGCUGAGUCUUCAUUUCAGGACAGAAGAAUUGUACUAACCAGAGAUGCAGAUUGCAGUGGUAGUUGCUUAGAACUUCAUGGUAUAAAGAAAGCACUACAUGUUCACCAUCAACCUGAGAAUCUUUAUCUUGCACUUUGAAUUUACUCCCCAUUUUAGAAGUUAAUUUUGGUAGAACAAAAUUGUUUUACCAGCCUUUCUUCUACAUUUUUAACUCUAGUCUAUCCAUCAAGUCUUUGCAUGAUUUGAUAUAGAAAGUUUCUAACUAUUCUAUUCAGUUGUACAAUAGUAUAUUUUUUAACACAUACUAUAUAUUUAAAUAGUAUGGAAGACUGUUUCCCUAUUCUGCUGAUUUUACUAGGAUAUUUCCACAUAAUAGUUCUGUUGAAAGGCCCAGAAAAACAAUUUCUCAUUUUUAGGUGCCAAUAUUAUUUUUUGAGAAACUAUUUGGGUCCUUUCCAGUUUUCUUUAUGUGAAAUCCUGAACUCUCUAUACUGGUUUUGCUUCAAAUUGAAGUUUUUGCUAAAAUGGAAGAUCAAAUGGAUUUCUCUUGUCUUUAGAGAUACAUAGUCAGAAGCCCCUACCCUCAAGAUUGUGUGUUGGGAAAAAAAACUGUGUGAAGCAGAACUGCAUUUUUAUACAGUAUGUGAUUCGUGUUUUAUACUAGCAUUUUUAAGGAAAGCUUAUUUAACUACAAUUAAAUAAUGCCUGACAAAAUUGAGAUGGAAAAUAAUGCUUGCUCUAUUUAUUUAUGCAGCUAGAAAAGAGAUGAACUAAGUGGAAGUUUGCAGGGAUGAAAGUUUUGUCUGUGAAUAAAUUGUUUGAAACUUAUUGUAUUUUUUUCUUAUACGAGGUAAAAAAAACAUCCCGGGGUUUAAAAAUAUUAGAAUCACAUUUGUAUGCGCAAUGUAGUUGUACAUCAUUAAUGAAAUUGCAUUAGUUAAAGGCUCUGAAGAAGCUGGAAGCAUCUUAGUGAUACAGAUAAUUUAGUUUCAAAACUUUAAAAUUUUAGCAGCUUCUUCACAAUGAACACAAAACAGAAGUAAAAUGAGAUAUAAUUGUUGUAAAAAUUGCUCGUUUUUGGGAAGAAAAAAACCAAUUACCACACUGAGUUGUGUUAUCAGUGGUAGAUAAAAGACCUCACUUCUGAACAUUUAUAAGAUUUAGCCCACAGUCCUAUAUGCUACUGUUUCAUAGUAAAUUUUAUUUAACUUAUGUUUAACUAUUGACUCUGAUUGCAUUAAGUGACAUAAUUUCCAUUGCAUCCAUUGUGCCCUAAAACAUCACAGAGCACUUCAGAAUAUAAAGAAUGGUGUAUUGAAGUGUAGUUGAAUUCAAACAAUUGUACAAGUUUUCUACUUGAGUACUGUAUACAAUUUAAUUUUGUGUUUUUGUAUUUGAAUUGCUGUCCUUUUAUUAGCUCAUCUAAAUUAAAUUAAUUUAAGUGUGA